UGUGUUAAAUUUGUGGGUGUAGUCUAGAUCUAGAGAAACAGUAAAGAGCCCAUCUUCUACCUUCUAUCGAGACCUUCUAUAGGUUAUAAGUAACCUUUAGAUCCUCCCUGCAUCUUCAUAAUGACUCUGAUGACACAAGCUGAGGCUAGAUCUAGAACUAUUUGGGUUUUAGUGGUUGGUGUACCCUUGGUGCUAGGUGGUCUGACUCGUGACUACACUGAGACCCCCUGUGCUGGAGAUGUGAUCUCACUCACUUGUACAGUGCCUGGGGCUUUGCUGGAAUGGGACGUACCUGAUCCAACAAGGGACUUGAUACUUGAUAGCAUAACAGAACUUCCAUUCCAACGAGAUCAGUACACCGUUACAUUUAUCAUGUUUAAUUCUACUAGUUCAGCGAUCAUCUCCAGUUUGAGUUUCCCUGCGGUGGAGGGAAUCACUAUUAGUUGUCUUCCUUUAUUGCAGCCUGAGUUGAGGGAAGAACUAACCAUACUGACAGCAACUACCACACCACCAAAUGGAGUCAGUGACUCAAUUCUGAGUAGCUCAGCUGAUAAAGUUAGUGUAACUGUUGGUUGGAACCCUCCUACUGAGACUGGUGAUCGAAGCUACACAGUGAUCAUCUCACCUCCGGCCCAGCUCUCUGCUACUGUCCUCACAUCCACCUCCGUCACUGUGACUGCUCAAUACAAUGUGGACUACACUGUCAGUGUUGUAGCUACCAACUGUGCUGGAAACAGUACAACUGCUGAGUAUAACUUUUUGAUUGGCGGCUGUCCUAUGUUGACCAACUCUACAAACGGAGCCUUUGGACCGGUGUCCAGCAGAUUGCCAAAAUCCAUAGUAACCAUCCAGUGUGACGCUGGGUAUGUAUCUGCUGUUUCAGUGGUUACAUGUGAGAGUACACUGAUGUGGAGUCCAGAUCCUGAGACUACUGAGUGUAGCCAACUUACCCAACCGUCCCCCACAACUCCUCUUCCAAUGAGGUGCACAGCUCUACUAUCCUCACCACAGAAUGGUACCAUAAGUGAUCAUUCAGUACUAGCUAUUCCUGGUACACAAGUGACCUUUCAGUGUGACGAUGGACUGUUCCCUGAGGGGAUAAUGACUGCUACCUGUCUAGCUACAGGAGAGUGGGACAAGAAUCCAGGGAAAACGGUCUGCAAAGAUCAAUCCCCAACUCUAUUCACUGGUACUGACCUUGGAAUUGCUGUUUCCGUUAGUGUGGUUGUCACGGCAGUUCUGUUCAUGAUCAUUGGAUUCCUCACUGGAUUCCUAUAGUGAUGUACCUUUGCUCUCAUAAGAAGGCAGUAUACUCCUCAUCAGCUGAUGGACAAGCUAACGUAAGACCCACUGUACCAGCUGGUCCUGUUUAUGAAGAAGUGUCAUGCAAAGAGGAGAUUGAACUGAAUAUUAACCAAGCAUAUGGACCAGUUGGACUGUAAGAAUUGUCAUUUAGCGUUUUUAUGAUGCUGCACUAUACAUUGUACAUGUCGG